AUGAUAGAUAUAAUGAAAAGGAGAAAUUUAUUUGCAUUCCUCGACUGCGCGUAUCAGGGAUUCGCUUCGGGAUCUGUUGAGGAGGACUCUCGAGUCGUUAAGCUAUUCGCUGAGCGUAUGAAUCAAGUGAUGAUUGCGUUGACAUUCGCUAAGAAUAUGGGUCUCUAUGGGGAGAGAAUCGGAGCCUUAAGUGUUGUCUGCCGUUCAGCUCAAGAGGCCGAUAAUGUAUUGACUCAAUUGAAGCGAAUAAUUCGUCCCAUUUAUUCACAUCCUCCCAAUUGGGGCGCAAGACUUGUCACACUUCUGCUCAAUGAUCAUCACUUGAAGACUGAGUGGUUUAAUGACGUGAAGAAUAUGCAAAUGAGAAUAUCAGACAUGAGGUCACAAUUAGUGCGAGAAUUGAAUCGAUUAUCUAAUGGGAAGUAUAGCUGGGAUUUUAUUUUGCAACAGAAAGGCAUGUAUUGCUUCACAGGAUUUACUGAACAACAGUCCAUUCAAUUGAGACAAGAGUUUGCCGUUUAUAUCGCAACCGACGGACGUAUUAAUAUCGCAGCCAUUAAUGACCAGAAUAUUAAACAAAUAGCAAAUGCUAUCCAUUCAGUUAAAACUAAUUAUUAA